AUGACAUUUCGAAGGUCGUUGCCGGGAUCAUUGUGGCCCUGGAAUCAUGUCAGCAACCGCACGUAUAAAAGUAAACCUCUGUCGUCAGCAAGAUGCUCCCGCUCCUCCAUGUCGUUCUUGCGGUGGCUAUCGGGAGCGAGUGUGCUCCUCAGUUCGCUCCUUGCCACACAUGGCCAGCAUGUGUCAAGCCGGGCAUCGACUGCCAUUGCGCCUCGCGUAUUGAUCCUGAGCAUGUUCGAUGACGAGGGUGGAGCGUGGUACGACAUACCUGAGUUCAAUGUGCUCGCAAAGAACAUCACCAUCCCAGGGCUUUCGCCCCUGUUUCCCCAACUUCAUUGUACCACCAACCAUGACAUUUGCCAGUUGACCACUGGCGAGGGCGAAAGCAACGCUGCAGUCUCGCUGACCGCCCUCACCUACUCGCCCCUGGUCAAUCUUACAACCACAUAUAUCCUGAUUGCUGGCAUUGCAGGAAUCAAUCCCAAGAUCGCCACCGUUGGCUCGGUGACUUUUGCGCGCUAUGCCGUCCAGGUCGGGUUGCAAUACGAAAUUGACCCCAGAGAAGUACCUCCAGGAUGGUCAACGGGCUACUUUCCCCAGGAUUCGACCGCGCCCGGCCAGUUUCCUGGCGUCUUUUAUGGCACGGAAAUAUACGAGCUCAAUGACGCGUUGCGGCAGCGCGCCUUCAACGUGGCCAAAACAGCCAAGCUCAACGACUCCAUGGACGCAUUACCUUUGCGACAACAAUAUGCACAAAAUCCUGAUUUUGUUUCUGGUGGCGGAAGUCCCCCCAAAGUGGCGCUCUGCGACACCGCCACAAGCGACACCUACUGGGACGGCACUUUGUUAGCAGAGGCCUUUGAGAACACGGUCAAGGUCUUCACCAAUGGCUCCGGCCUCUACUGCAGCACACAGCAAGAGGACAACGCGACCCUCCAGGCCCUCCUUCGCGGCGCACUCACCAAGCGCGUCGAUUUCUCCCGCAUCAUUAUUAUGCGCACCGCCUCCGACUUCGACCGGCAAGGGCCGAACCAGACGGCCGUCGACAGUCUGCUCGGGCCCGAGCCCGGCUACGAGCCAUCCAUCCUCAACAUCAAGAUCGCCGGCAUCAAGGUUGUCGACAUGAUCUUGAACGGCUGGAAGGAUGAGUUCGAAUGCGGGAUAACGGCGAAGAACUACGUUGGCGAUGUAUUUGAUUCGCUCGGGGGAAAGUUGAAGCCUGAUUUUAUACCGAAACCGUCGUCGAAAAAGCUACGUCGCCAGCUGCGCAGAAAUGUAUGA